GCAUGACACCUUCUGAGAGAGCUCCCUCAGGCUCUCCAUCAUUUUUCAGUCACUGAACUUCUUUGCUGUGACUGUUUUUGUGUUCUUACCUACAGCCUCAGUCGGUUUUUAUGUGACUACAGCGACAGUCUAAAUACAUAUUUUCUGUUUGCUGUGUCUCUUGCACACAUCUGCCAACAUGUGCCUUCGACCAGCUGCCCUGCUGCUUUUUCUGCUAGAUUCCAUCUCCUGUGUUCAGUUUCUGGCACCUUUCAACAUGGGAGGAGUCACAGGGCAGGUGCAGUUUGACUCCGUAAACCAGACUGCCGCAGUCAGUGUGUCAGGUGCUGGUUCCUGUGCUUCAGUUAACUUUUCCCUCAGGGUGUUCCCUGUCAUGUACGGCCACUUUGCUCAACCCUGUUCUGAAGCAAAUAUCGGCUCCAGCAUUUUCAACUUCACAGCUGACCCCUCCUCAAAUGCCACCAUCAAUGUGUCACGCCUCUUCGAAAACAGAACAAACUUGGAUGACUUCUCACUGUCUUUGCAGACAUGUAAUGGCUCUAAUGUGUGCGCGGUUGUAAGUCAAGGUCAGACGCUCUUGACUCGUCAGGCCAGGUUCACCGGGCCCAUCGCGGGUAAUGUUUAUAUCCGUGUUAACAGAGGAAACGCCAACCCCAGACUCCUUGCAGACCUGAUGAUAAUCGGGCAGGUCAAUGCCUCACAAUCUAAUAUCACUCUCCAUGGAUCUACAAGUAGCGCUGCAAGCUGUGAUGUUCUACUCGGAAGCUUAGAUACUUCAGCUUUGACCAGUCUGGGCGUCGUAAAUGUUGGAACCCCUUUGCAACUUCAGAAAUCACGUCUGGACCUCACCAGCUUCAACACUAUGAAUAGCUUUCUUCUCUUCCGCAUGGGGUCAAGUUACAAGUGUGCUCAGAUAUACACUGUGACAGAGAAACAGGUGAACGCCAUGUUGAAUAUGAGAGGGAUCAUGGGAUACUUCAGCUUUCGUCAGGCUUCUCCAUUUGAUGUAACGGAGCUGAGAGUGAACCUGACCAACCUACAGAACAGAGUUGGCCCCUACCAUGUCCACAAAUUUCCUGUCCCUUUACUUGGAACAAAUUCAUCAAGCCUAUGUUCAAAUGACAAUGUGGGUGGGCACUGGAAUCCAUUUGGUCUCGACACGAGCGACCCAACAUAUCCAAAAGGACCUGGGUCAACACAUGACAGAUAUGAGGUGGGGGACCUCAGUGCCAAGCAUAUGUCCCUAGCAGGUCUAAAUGGAUUUGAAAUGGUGUUCACAGACUUCAACCUCCCUCUGUUUGGACAGAACAGCAUCGUUGGUCGCUCAGUUGUGAUUCACCAAAUGGAUGGUGCCAGGUAUGUUUGCGCCAGCAUCAGCUAUCCCGGUGAAGUGACAGUAGGCAGAGCCAUAUUUCAGAGCCCUGUGGUUGGUCAGAUAUGGUUCACUCAGCUGGUGAGCAACCCUCUGUCUGAUGUAUCCAUCUUUAUGAAUCUUGCCUAUGGAAAUCCCACAAUGACACCAACCAGAAACCACAAUUGGCAUGUUCACACCUAUCCCAUUAGCUCAGAGAGAGAUGAUGACGAAAACCGCUGCAGCUCAGUAGGAGGUCACUGGAACCCCUUUAAUAUCAGCACAGAAGACGACAGCUAUGCCCUCCACUGUAGCCCAUCUGCUCCCUUGUCCUGUGAGGUGGGAGAUCUCUCCAGCAAACACAGAACCCUUGAUCUUGGCACCAACACAGGUGGAGUGGAAGCAAAAUACUUCUUCACUGAUGUCUUUUCCUGGGUUCCUGAGUCAGGCAUCAUUGGUCGUUCUGUAGUCAUCCAUCAGGCAAAUAGAGGAGGGCCAAGGAUUGCUUGUGCCAAUGUUACAAUGGUGCGGGUUCCCAAAGCUAGAUUGGGCAGCUGGCUUGGCCCCGAAAUGUCCGACGGCCAGGUGCAGUUCUCUCAGGCCAUCCCACAAGGCCCCACAACCAUAAACGUGUCCCUGACGAACCUGGGUUCCAUAGCUGGAGGUUACCAUGUUCACAUAUUGCCCCUCAAACCUGGCAGCGUAGAGCCCUGCUCAAAUGCAAACAUCCAGGGCCACUACAACCCACUGAGAUGGAACAUAUCAAACUCCCCCGCACCUGGAAACGGCACUGUGGACCAAUAUGAGAUUGGAGACAUUAGUGGGAAGUUUGGGCUGCUGACUAACCAAAACAACUUUGACGCUGUUUACCUGGACCCUAACAUGCCAAUGACUGGACCCUACAGCAUAGUGAGAAGGUCAAUAGUGGUUCACUACACCAAUGGAUCAAGAAUGAGGUGUGCAAACAUCACAGCUGAAAGAAAUACAGACGGACAGUUCAUUGUGGCCAGGGCUGUUUUCAGCGGCACAGUGAAUGGAUCAGUCACACUGUACCAACAAGUAUAUCCUGAUGGAAGCAACACUGAUACUACAGUGGAGGUGGACCUUCAAUCAUCUGCGCGUAACAAUGCAACUGAGGCCUCCUUGUUCAUCACGAACAACCGUACUGCUGUCAGCAGCCGCCAGUGCAACAGUGUGGGAAGCACAUUCAAUCCCUUCAACAUGACAUCAAUGAGCUCCAGCUGCUCGUUGGAAACUCCGCUGAGCUGUGCGGUCGGGGAGAUAUCUGCAAGACAAGGCAAUGUCAGUCUGACUGAGAGACAGUUCUACACUGACAGCAUCAUUCAGCUCUCUGGAGACAACACGGUGGUCCACAGAUCUCUACUGCUGAAGAUCGGAGACAGCAUUAUCGGAUGUGCUGAUAUCCUCCCACAAUCCCCAUCAGCAGAGCAGACCUUUCCUAGCGUGACUAACUUCAGCCGGCAUGACUUCCGCAGGAGGGUUGCAGAAGUCCUGCAGAUGGAAACGGCCAGAGUCACCAUCUUGCCGGGUUCUCCCCUGUCUGCAGAAGGAGGAAACUGCCAGCAAGUCAACUUCAUGGUGUCAGGAAACGUCAGCACAGAACUGUUGGCAUCCGUCAAAACCAGCGAGCUGAUGGGAAUCUUCAGAGAGUCCGAUUCAUGUACAAGAAAUGCAGGUCUGCCACUGGUGCCAGGAAGUUUUCUUCUCAGCUUGAUGUUUGCUGCCGCCUGCCUGCUGCCAUCUACAGUUUCUUUGUAGAUUCAGUCGCACUGUGCACCGUCACUGGGAAUACAUGGAUCCACAUACUGUAAAACUGUAAAUAUGUUCGUGAAAUGUUACCCCCAAGUGACACAAUAUCCAUCAAACAAAUAAUUAUGUCUCUUCAUACAACUUCUGUCAGCCAAUGAAGUACUUCCCAUUUUCAUUUUUUAAAUAACCAGUAAAGGUAACAAGUGCUGUUAAUUGUUCAGUGAAGGUUUUAUCGAGACAUUUUUUUUUAUUCAACAGAUUUUGCCAUGUUACCCAUUUGAGCUGUUAAUUGAGAAGACACAGUUAAUGCUGUGUUUUCAGACCUCCAUACACUUUCCAUAUAUCCAUGUGAAGUCUUUUGUAAAUAUUUGGAAAAUUGUAGAUAAAACGCAAUGUUUCUAUGCCUUUUGUCAAUAUUCUGUUAGAUUUUGGUCCUUGCUUUUAAUCCGUGAACACAUCAGCACUUAACUGUGUGUACAGUCUUUGGCAGGAUAAUAAUUCUGUCCUGCGCUGUAAGAAAAUACGAUAAUCCCUCUUUACAAAUCACUUCCUCUAAGUAAGGCUUUGUAAGUUCUACAGAUCAGUUUUAAGCCCUGAGGGUGAAGUUAUCAUGUUACCCAAAAAUCUCUAAAUGGUUUUCUUCCAGGAUACUUGUUUAGUCUCUUUAGCUCUUCAGUGAUUUUUUUUUUGUUUGUUUGUUUUUUCGGGUCUGGAAAAGGGUUUCAGAGCAUGUAAAUAAAAUUCUAUUUGCUAUUAAAAGCUUGAA